AUGGCUUCGUUAAUGCUACACAUCACCUCUUCUUUAUCUGCUCCAUCCUCUCCGUUACAUGCCUGCAAGCAGAAUGAUUUGAAGGUAGCAACAAUUGGUGGAACUGCUUACCUGAAGAAGGAUUAUAGAAAUCCAUUUAUAACAACUAAGUCAAGUGGAUGGAUAUCUAUGACUUUUGCAGAUGAUGUUUCUUAUUUUGAUGGAAUUGAAAUGGCUCCUCCUGAUCCAAUUCUUGGGGUUUCUGAAGCAUUUAAGGAAGACACAGAUGUGAAGAAACUCAACCUUGGUGUUGGAGCUUACCGAACAGAGGACCUGCAACCUUAUGUCCUUAAUGUUGUUAAGAAGGCUGAGCAUCUUAUGCUGGAAAAGGGGGUGAACAAAGAGUAUCUUCCAAUUGAAGGUUUAGCUGAAUUCAACAAGGUUACAGCAGAGUUACUAUUUGGAGCAGAUAAUGAAGUGAUUCAACAACAAAGAGUUGCUACUGUUCAAGGUCUUUCAGGCACUGGUUCUCUGCGGCUUGCUGCUGCACUUAUUGAACGCUAUUUCCCUGGGGCAAAAGUGCUGAUAUCAUCACCAACCUGGGGUAAUCACAAGAAUAUUUUCAAUGAUGCUAGAGUUCCUUGGUCUGAAUAUCGGUAUUAUGAUCCCAAAACAGUUGGAUUGGAUUUUGAUGGGAUGAUGUCAGACAUAAAGUCAGCUCCAGAAGGAUCUUUCAUACUACUUCACGGAUGUGCUCAUAAUCCAACUGGGAUUGAUCCAACUCCAGUACAAUGGAACAAAAUUGCUGAUAUCAUUGAAGAGAAGGGGCACAUUCCAUUCUUUGACGUUGCCUACCAGGGAUUUGCCAGUGGAAAUCUUGACGUUGAUGCAUCAUCUGUGAGAUUAUUUACUGCACGUGGAAUGGAGCUUCUCGUUGCUCAAUCAUACAGCAAAAAUCUCGGUCUUUAUGCUGAGAGGAUUGGAGCCAUCAAUGUUGUUUGUUCCUCAUCUGAUGCAGCAGUUAGGGUGAAGAGUCAAUUGAAAAGAAUUGCAAGACCAAUGUACUCGAAUCCUCCUGUUCACGGAGCCAGAAUUGUUGCUAAUGUUGUCGGAGAUUCAGUUCUCUUCAAUGAGUGGAAACAGGAGAUGGAAUUGAUGGCAGGAAGAAUCAUGGAAGUUCGAAAAAAAUUAUAUGACAGUCUUCUUAAUAAGGAUAAGAGUGAAAAAGAUUGGUCAUAUAUUCUUAAGCAGAUUGGCAUGUUCUCUUUUACUGGUCUAAACAAAGCUCAGAGCGACAACAUGACAGAUAAGUGGCACGUGUACAUGACAAAGGAUGGAAGGGUGUCCUUGGCCGGUUUGUCUUCAGCCAAGUGCGGAUAUCUUGCAGAUGCCAUCAUCGAUUCAUAUUACAAUGUCAAGUGAGAUGUCAAUUUGGGUCGAUCGCAUGUCAAAUGCAUUUGGUACCUCCAAGCUCAACAGGAACAAGAGGGAUCAGAGAAUGCAAAACAUCUGUAAUCAAUGGUCGAUAGCUCGGUUCAGGCUGUACGCAUAGAACAGCUACAGCAGCAACCUAUAUAUCGAAACUCAGGUUAGAUUCAUUCAUUCACAUAAAUUGAAUUCAAAUCCUCAAUAAAUUUGUUUACAUACUUGAAAUAGAUGCUUUAGAUCCAUUGUAUCUCUAAUCACAGGAUCCACAAUGACAGGUAGCUUUAUUCUAUCA